UGAAGAUAAAUGUGCAGUUAGGCGGUUAAGUAUAUUUCAGAAAAUCAUUUGACUGCCUUCUAAAUUGAGUUUUUAGCUGAAAUUUGGUAUGAGUAAACUAGACAUAAUGAAGAAGAUGCUAAAAAAAUUUUAUCAAAAAAUUCCACCUGAAAUCACUCCAAAUAGGGACAUUCAAACAAAGACUCUUGUAAAAAGGCUUAUUUGCACUUUUUAUGAAAGUUCGAGUUAUUUGAUAAUUCUCCCUUCUUAUUAUUCACAAUAGUUCCUCUCUUCUUCCGACAUGAUGUAGACGGAAAAUGGGCACAACCCCACAAUAUAACUUGAAUCAAACUAUGAAUCUCCAUGAUUCUAUUUGCUAGCGAGCAAAUAGAGCAUGCUGUCCUUAGAACACAUUAACUAACACAAAUUGAAUCCACCACACAAAUUGAAUUCACCCCUGAUGCCACUUGUCAUGUAGCUUUAAGUUUGACAAGUUAAGUAAGCGUAAAUCACUCUUUACUCGUCAGUUACCUCCUCAAUAAUAAAUCAAAGCUAAAAAACAUGCAUGACAAAUAAACUUCUCCACAACUCCAAUAACUGCUGCCCACAACAUUUCUUCUUCUUCUUCGAAACAAUAAUUUGCAGAGACGGAGGAUUAAUAAGUCGCCAUGAAUGUCGGCCGUACUUUUGUCCAGAGAGUCGCCGCGGGUUUCCGUGGUCACCCUUUUCUCCCCAAAGCAGUCAUUGUUGUUACCAUCAGUGGUGGAGGUCUAGUGGCAUAUACACAAAGAGAUCUCUAUGGCAUUGCGUAUGCGGAUGCGGGUGAGGUUAAGCGGAAGAAAGUGGUGGUGUUGGGGACGGGAUGGGCAAGCAUGAGUUUUUUGAAAACGUUGAAGGAUUCGUCUUACGAUGUUCAUAUCGUGUCACCUCGUAACUACUUCGUUUUCACUCCCUUGUUGCCUAGUGUCACGGUCGGCACGGUCGAGGCCCGCAGCAUUGUGGAGCCCAUCCGCAAAAUUGUGAGGGGGAAAGGGUAUGACGUUCAAUUCAAAGAAGGGGAGUGUUACAAGAUUGAUACAGAAGACAAGAAAGUGUAUUGUCGAUCAACCCAAGAAUCGAGUUUGGGUCGAUCUGUGGAAGAAUUUGCAGUAGAUUACGACUAUUUGGUCAUAGCUAUGGGCGCUCGUUCUAAUACCUUCAACACCCCCGGUGUGGUAGAACAUGCUCACUUCUUGAAGGAAGUGGAAGACGCGAGUAAGAUCAGGAGGAAUGUGAUAGAUUGCUUCGAAAGGGCAAACCUUCCGACUGUGAGUGAGGAGGAGAAGAAAAGGCUUCUGAACUUUGUAGUGGUGGGGGGUGGUCCCACUGGAGUUGAAUAUGCAGCAGAGCUUCAUGACUUAGUGAGGGAGAACUUGUCCAAACUCUACCCACAUCUUAAACACCAUGUCAAGAUCACCCUCCUUGAGGCCGGUGACCAUAUCCUCAACAUGUUUGACAAAAGAAUUACCGACUUUGCGGAGGAGAAGUUCCAGAGAGAUGGGAUUGAUGUGAAAACCGGGUCGAUGGUGGUUAAGGUUUCAGAUCGCGAGAUCACAACCAAGGAGCGAAGCUCAGGCAGCACGGUUUUGAUUCCUUAUGGGAUGGUUGUCUGGUCCACGGGCAUUGGAACUCGCCCCGUUGUUAUGGAUUUUAUGAAGCAAAUUGGGCAGACAAAUAGACGAGUGUUGGCAACAGACGAAUGGCUUCGGGUGGAAGGGUGCACAGACAUAUAUGCUUUAGGCGAUUGUGCCUCUAUAAACCAACGUAAAGUCAUGGAAGACAUAGCAGCAAUAUUCAGCAAGGCCGACAAGAAAAAUUCAGGCAACCUAAAAGUGGAAGAUUUCAAAGAAGUGAUCAAUGGCAUACGGGAAAGGUAUCCACAGAUAGACAUUUAUCUAAAGAAGAAUAAGAUGAAAUGUUUCACUGAUCAACUCAAGAGUGCAAAAGAUGGUACUGAGAUUAACAUUGACAAGUUUAAGGAGCUUCUGUCUGAGGUUGACUCCCAAAUGAAAACUCUUCCUGCCACCGCACAGGUUGCUGCUCAACAAGGAGCUUACCUUGCUGAUUGUUUCAAUCGUAUGCGAGCUUGCGAAAGGAGCCCCGAAGGUCCAUUGAGGAUCCGAGGGACGGGACAACAUAGAUUCCGUCCUUUCAGGUAUAAGCAUCUUGGACAAUUUGCACCACUGGGAGGAGAACAGACUGCGGCUCAACUACCGGGAGAUUGGGUCUCCAUAGGUCAUAGCACCCAAUGGCUUUGGUAUUCAGUUUAUGCAAGCAAAUUGGUGAGCUGGCGCACACGGGCUUCAGUAAUUGGAGAUUGGAUCCAUCGUUUCAUUUUUGGCAGAGAUUCUAGCAGAAUAUGAAACUGUGGAUUGCAACAUUUAUAUCACUUCCCUAUUUUUCCAUUUUCUUUUUUAUAUGAUAAUUAAAGAGAAGAUUACCUAUAAUCACACAUCCUCUUACAUUUAUCCUAUGUGAUAGACCUCCAAAAAUCCUAUGUGAUAGACCUCCAAAAAUGUUGUUUUCAAUGUAUGUUAUCUUACUUAAUGACACUUUCUCUAGCCUAAAUAUCUACCAGAUUUCGAAACAUUGUUGCAUAUCAUUAUCAAUUGUAGC